ACAGUUUCACAAAAACUUUGGACCUUAGUAGAUGCUCUUAGGAUAAACUUUAUAGGAGGGAAUUUUGUUUGCGUUUUUCCUCAAAUAGUGUCUUUUGAGAUCUACAUAUUAGAUUAUUAGGAUUUAGGAAUCUUUAGAUUACUCUUUUCACAACCAUCUUUAGGCAACCUACACCCCACAUCAAGUUAACUCACCUCAUUCGCCUCACCAAUAUUAUACAUUUUCUCACCAUGAACACACCUCCAACACUUAUUUCUGAUUUCAUCUCAUGAAAUUUCUAAAGAAAGGAAUUACUUACUACAAAGGCCACCCAUUGCAUGCUAAAAAGCAACGUUUUUUAAACCCCUUUUAUCAAAGCAACCUCAUGGCCCAUAUAUGGUGCACCACAUGACCCCAUUUGUGAACAAAACACAACCCUCAUGCGUUUAAUUAAUAUGCUUACAAUAUCAACCUUCAAAUUCACCAUUCAUGUCAUCUUUCUCGUCUCCUUUUUCCUGAUCUCAAGUUCUUCGGCUGCUCUCUUCACCAUAACCAACAACUGUCCUUUUACAAUAUGGCCAGCCACACUUUCUGGUGCAGGCACUACUCCACUUCCAACAACAGGGUUCCAGUUGAAUUCAGGCCAAAGUGCACAAAUCCCUACGACUCCAUCAUGGUCUGGUAGGGUAUGGGCAAGAACAGGCUGUACGUUUGAUGCAUCUGGUGUAGGUAAAUGUGAAACCGCAGAUUGUGGAGGGAAGAUGGAGUGUGGUGGGAUGGGUGCUACCCCUCCUGCCUCCCUUUUUGAGAUAACCAUAGGAGGCUACAACAAUUUGGAUUAUUAUGACGUUAGUUUUGUGGAUGGAUACAAUCUUCCCAUCAUUGCUGUCCCAAGGUCCACUUCUGGUGGUUGUAAUGCCACGGGUUGUGCAUCCGAUAUUAACAUAGGGUGCCCAAAAGAGCUUCAGGUGGUGGGUGGGGAUGGUGGAGGAGUAGGUGGGGUAAUCGCGUGCAACAGUGCUUGUGGUGCAUUUGGAAUGGACCAGUAUUGUUGCAGUGGGCAAUAUGCAAAUCCAAAUACAUGUCGGCCAUCCUACUACUCGAGCAUUUUUAAGAGAGCGUGUCCUCGAGCUUAUAGCUACGCAUUUGAUGAUGGCACAAGCACGUUUACCUGCAACGCCUAUGAAUAUGCCAUCAUAUUUUGCCCCAACAAUGGGAUGGACCAAACAGUUGGUCCCGGAACAGGUACUGGUAUUAGUACCGGGACUGGAAUUGAAACCGGAACUGGGGUUGGAACAUUGAGCGCUCCACAUAUGAAAAAUGACAAGAUAAGAGGAUCUAUGCGGACAAACACAUCAUCAAACGCCAUCUCACAAGUUUCUAUAUUGAUAUGUCUUAUCAUAGUUUCAUUUGCAUCAUUGUACAUUGUAUAAGAGAUUAUUGUACAUGUAUUUUACAUAAAAUUAGAUAAAAUAAUUUAUUAUCUUGAA